AUGGUAGAGCAAAUGAUGCAAGUAGCCAUCAAAAUAGAAAAGGAGAUGAAGAGGAAGCGGGCUGCCAAAAGUAAAUGGAACACUCAAUCAUCAUACAAUUCAGUUUCUAAUGCACUAUGGAAACCGAAUUGGAGUGGAACACCUAAAGUGAAAAAAGAUGCGCCGAAAGUGAAGGAGGAAUGGAAAGGAAAAGGGAAGACGGAAGGAAAAGUAGAAGAGAAAAAUAAGAAGGUGGAAAAUAGAGUAAGGGAUGUGAAGUGCUUCAAGUGUUUGGGAAGGGGGCAUUAUUCUAAUGAGUGCCCAAACAGGAGAGUGAUGUUUAUUAGAGAAGAUGGAGAAUGGGAGAGUGGUGAAGAAAAGGCUAAAGAGAGUGCUAAUGAUGAUAAUAAUGAUGAGUAUCUUGAUGAGGGAGAGCAAGCUCCCAUGGAUGUUAAUGUCCUUGUCACUAUGCGCACCUUGAGUGCACAAGUCAGUUUGGGUGAUGGAGCUAAGGUGCAAAGGGACAAUAUUUUCCAUACUAGAUGUUUGGUAAAUGAGAAACUACGUAGUGUGAUUGUAGAUAGUGGUAGUUGCUGCAAUAUUGCUAGUAGCUUAUUGGUUGAGAAAUUGGGGUUGUCUACCUCUUUGCAUCCAAAGCUAUAUGGUCUCCAAUGGCUUAAUGAUUAUGGGAAAUUAAGAGUUACCAAACAGGUUAUAGUGCCUUUUAGCAUUGAGAAGUACCAUGAUGAGAUAAUUUGUGAUGUGGUGCCUAUGGUAGCUACCCAUUUAUUAUUAGGCCAUCCAUGGCAAUUUGAUAGAAAUGUGGUUCAUGAUGGGAAAAAGAACAAGUGUAUAGUUUUGAAAGAUGGUCGAACCUACACCUUGCUUCCUAUAUCACCAUCUCAAAUGCAUGAAGACCAAGAAUUUGAGGAUGUGUUUCCAAAUGAUCUUCCUUCGAGUUUCCCACCAAUUCGGGGGAUAGAACACCAAAUUGACCUCAUUUCGAGUGCUCCAAUUCCAAAUAGACUAGAAUAUAGGAGUAAUCCUGAGGAGAUAAAAGAAAUACAAAGGCAAGUGGUGAAACUUUUGGCAAAGGCCUAUGUGCGUGAAAGUAUGAGUCCAUGUGCGGUUCCAGUGCUCCUUGUACCAAAGAAAGAUAGGACAUUCAAAAUGUGUGUAGAUUGCCGUGCUAUCAAUAAAAUCACAGUAAAGUAUCGACAUCCCAUUCCUCAAUUGGAUGAUAUGCUUGAUGAGUUGUUUAGUGCAUGUGUGUUUACAAAGAUUGACUUGAAAAGCGGUUACCUUCAGAUUAGAAUGAAAGAGGGGGAUGAAUGGAAAACUGCAUUCAAGAUAAAAUAUAGGUUGUAUGAAUGGAUGGUUAUGCCAUUUGGGCUAACCAAUGCACCUAGUAUUUUCAUGAGGUUAAUGAACCAUGUGCUUAGACAAUUCAUUGGCAGAUUUGUGGUAGUUUAUUUUGAUGACAUUUUGAUCUAUAGCAAAAACAUGGAUGAGCAUUUGCAUCAUUUGAGAUAUGUGUUUAAUGUGUUGAGAUCUGAAAAACUGUAUGCUAAUAUGAAGAAGUGUUCUUUUCAUUUAGAUAGAGUUGUCUUUCUUGGUUAUGUUGUGAGUAGCAAAGGUGUGGAAGUAGACGAGCAAAAGGUCAUAGUCAUUAGGGAUUGGUCAACUCCUAAAAAUGCAUCUGAGGUUAGGAGUUUUCAUGGGUUGGCUAGUUUCUAUAGGAGAUUUGUGCCUAAUUUUAGUACUAUUAUUGCUCCUUUGAAUAAACUUGUGAAGAAGGAUGUUAUGUUUGAAUGGAAAAAGAAGCAUGAAAAUGCAUUUGUAGAAUUGAAAGAAAAAUUAUGCACUGCACCAUUGUUGAGCUUACCUAAUUUUGAUAAAAUAUUUGAAAUUGAUUGUGAUGCCAGUAGUGUAGCUAUAGGGCCGAAUUCGAGGAUGAAUUCUUUUCAAGAAGGGGGGAAUGAUGAGGAGACGCCACCACUGAGGCCACUUCCAUUGUUCAAGGGUCCAAUUACAAAAGCAAGGGCAAGGGAGUUGCAAAGCUUGGUUAGUAGACUUUGGAGGCGUCAAGAGGAUCAGAAUGGGCUUGGGCUUGGGCCUUUGGAGGACAAAUGGAUCAGCUUCACACAAUUGGACCUUGGAGAAGCAAGUGCUGCCACAUCAGCAAUUAGGCCAUGUCAUGGCGUGUGA